AUGUUAGAACCAUGGAAUGAUAAAUCUGUUUUGCCUCCUCCAACUAAUACAUUUCAAUGUAAUGAGAAUAUUAGUAUUGAUAUUGCAAAUCUCAAACACAUUUGUAAUUCCAUAAUCAAGGUGUUAUCUAAACAAUCGCCGCUGCAUAAAGAAAGUGCUAUAUUUUCUAGAUUUUUAUAUAAAUUUGACAAAAAAUUUCGUAAUGAUAUUGGAUAUAGAUAUUUUAAAAAAGUAAAUUCAGGUUUACGCAAGUAUUUGAGUUUAACUCUGAUAAAAGACACUCACAAUUUUAUGGAUUUAUUACCAGAAAAAGAUGACACAAUAAUUACAUUAUGUUCUAAGCAGGCAGCAGUAUUUUACCUAGAUAGAAUUAAAAGAGGUGAAAGCCAUUGGAUGUGUCUUAUGCCAUACGCCUUGCUGAGUAGAGUAUGGUCCAUGGGCUUAGUUUUGCUGCAGCAUUCAUGUAAUUGGUACAAACAGUUAUACUCAUAUUUAAAUAAAUUGGUACUUAAAGGUUUAAAUUUUUUACCUAAUCAAUUUAAUUUACCAUUAGACUUAGAAGAAUGUAUUGGUAUAAAACACAUAAAUGAACACAGAUUUGAAUGGUCCCAAAAAUCAACGAUAAAUUUUGGUUCAUUUAUAGAAGAAGACAAUGAAGGUGAUUUGUGUGAAAAUAUUUUGAAAUAUGUUGAAAACAUAAACAGGAGAGGAAAAGCUAUCGAUGAACCGGAUAUACAGUUCACAUUUCCAAAGUAUGAAAUUAACAUUCAAGAGGUGUCUGUCAACAAAAGUGAUGCUGGAGAAGCAGUAUCUAGAGAGAGUUAUAAACUUUUAAGCACUAAACUACCUCCGAUCUUAACAAAUCCAUCAGUUGCGAAAGUGAGACAAGACCAUUCUAUUAAAAAUGUAACAGAUAGAGAUUCACUCAAUGAAUUUGUUGAUAAUGAAGAUACAUUAAGAAACCAGUCAGACAAAAAGUCUCUAACAAGUCACCUUAGCUUCAUGCAGUGGCAGGCUUUGAAAAAUACUUUACUUAAACUAGACAGUGAGUUAGUAAACAAAAGAAAACUUGAGAGAAAAGUUCAAAAGAUAUGGGAGGAAAAAUGCUUAGCAUAUAUU